CUUUGGUUACAGCUAGUAGAAAUUGCAGUCCAUGAAAGUCUACUAGUGAAUCUCUUUUGUUUAUCGAGGUCACAUCCAGUCUCACGGCAGCCACACAGUGAAUGCGCCGGCUUCCGCGUCUGAUCCCACAGCUGAUGAUCAGUCCGGCUGUGAUCCGGCCUCACUCACUUGCUUUGUCGAUUGUAUUGUCUUCCUUCCCACAUCCGUCAUGGCAAGCGAGCGCAUUGUCCACCCAGGCCAAAGCGCGUUUUUUCGUUCAAAAAGCCACCUGUUUCGGGUGUAAACCCAUUGUGAUUCCGUGGAACCCGUUAUCCUCUUCCCCUCAUGCGCGCUGCAAACGCCCUCGCCGGGCCCUCGGACGCGUCGACUGAUACGGGGCACCGCCCACGUUCAGGCCCCACCUGGGGCUAUCUCGAGAUCGCCGACACGACCGACUCCGCGCCGAAAAGACGCGUCAAUCUGCGGGGAUACCUGCCGUACCUGCUGGGCUGCACGUCCGGCGACCAGCCGCUCUCGGAGGCCAUGAUGACGUGCUUGGGUGGCGACUUCGUGCCGGUGCCGCUCCCGGCGAUGCAUGGGCACCGCAGUGGCGGUGCACUGCUCUUGGAGUGGAAUGGGCGCGUUGACUCCCUGCGCGGAUUCAACGCGACCAGCUUUCUCGGCGAGGAUGGGGAGGAAGAGGGUGUGGUUUACAUCAACGACAACCCCGCCGUGGCGUGGCAGAUCAUGUCGCUGCCCCAUGGCGCGCGGAUCGUCAUCGCAAGUCCCGUUUUUCCCAUAGCCUCGUUCACGUUCUGUGUGACCCUCCCCCCUCCCAAGACCCAACUCAUCCGGAGCCACUACGAAGUCAUCAAGCAAAUCGGCCAUGGCGCCUUCAGUGCGGUGUACUACGUGAAAGACGUGCGGGAUGGGUACUGCUAUGCGCUCAAGACCCCCAGAAGGACCAUCGCGAGUAUACUGGCCGCUGCGUCCCAAGAGGUCAUGGCGCUCAUGGCCCCACCGCAUCCCAACGUGUGCAGGAUGUUUCAAUGCGACUAUGGGACCGAUAUGAAGAGUUGCGAUAUGAUCCUGGAAUACAUCCACGGGAUCCCGAUCCACCGAUUCGUCUCUGAAUGCGGCUUCGUUCCGGACGCACAAGCCAGGCACCUGGCCUUCCAGCUAUGUGUUGGUCUCCGACACAUGCACAAGGAAGGGAUAUCGCACGGAGAUAUCAAGGGCGAUGUAGGCCGCUCUGAUCAAUGUAGUUUUAUCCUGCUCAGAAGGUCCCAGAAUGUACUAGUGACACUCAAUGAAGUAGGCCAGCCCCUGAUCAAGAUCAUUGACUUCGGACUGGCCCGAGUCAAGGGAAACCUGAACUCGCUGCUGUCGCCAUCCAGGACAUGCUACACAGCUCCAGAGGCAGGCCCCCAGUUUCGCGGCCUGGAUGGCAAUGUUUCCUGUGCACAGAUCCAGCUGUGGGACAGCUGGGCUUUGGGCCACCUGGUCUUCUUCAUUCUGGCGGGAACCUACCCGUACUUCAAGCACGGAGCGUUCACGACGGGGAUCGACGAGGUCAACUGGCGCGCGUUGCGGGAAAAGCCUGGUGUCGGACCAGCAGCUGUUGCGUUCGUUCGCAGGCUGCUGUGCAUCGAUCCAAGCGAACGGCUCCAGAUCUGCAACUCGCUGGCCGAGCCGUGGUUCUCCGGCUUCCGUCCUGAAGUUCGCGUUUUCGAAGCGCUGGAUGUUCCGCCCUCACUACGGGAGAUGUGGGCUGAUUCGCAAGAGUUGUGGUCUGAAUCUGAGCACGAUACUCAUAUGGAUGGCGAGAAUCAGGGCAGCGAAGAUACGGGUGGGCAGUUGGACGAUAUGGAUGUGGGCCGUGCUCUAGAUCCGCGGGCAGCCUCAAUGGAUCAGGACGUCGACAUGGACGCCUCCCCGCGAAAGGCUGUACCCAAGUUUACAAUGGUUCUGCGGAAGCGUAAUCCGACCAGUCCACCGACUCCAGGGUCUCCAUCGAAGCAGAAGGGGAGAAAGAGGAAUUGAGGAGCUUCUGUUUGUUCGGCGUGCUACUGUUCCGUUAUAUCUCCUUGUCAUUCCCUAUCAAAACACACUCGUUUACAUCUAUUUGAUAAAUGUUGUUGGCAGUCUUGUAUUGGUUUAACACCUCCAUUAUGGAAAGGACGAAUGGUCUGCAGGACCGCUAAUACACUAAUACAGUUCGACUAAUUACUGUCCCGCAAGGAAGUAGUUCGGCUGACCACGCCUGUACGGUGCUCGUCCACACAAAAUGGGAUCACCAUCGAUCCAAGUGAUAUAUUGCCUCGGAAUCUCCAGGUUGAAAUCCACUGGAUAGCGCCCGCGGGGUCUCCCGUCGUUCAGAGCUGGCUGCGAAGCGACGGUCGACUGGGAAGCAACAGCACGGAGAGUAUGCUCGCGUUUCACUCUUUUUGCACGCCUGGUGCUGGGACCAUGCUCGUCGUCUACGCCACCCUCUUCCUUGACCCCACGUGCGUCAGUUUCGGCAGUAAUAUCCCCGCGCCGGCGCUUGGCGGCGCGUGCGUUUGGACGCGCCUCGUCAUCCUCUGUGCUCGCGAUUCAGUGCUCGGUAUCGACCAGGCGGAGCGUACGCACCUUCUUUCUUGACAGUUGGCUCCGAGUCCUCAUCGGAGGGGUGUGCGCGUCGCGCCUCUGAGCGCGCGUUGGGGGUACCGUUGGCUGAACGAGCUAACACAGAAGCCGCAGCGAAGUCGGGAGCGCUCGCGUUGAGGGAAA